UCAGAACCGGCUGACCCGAGGAAGCUGGGUGGUUCCGGACCGAUUCUAAGGGUUGGCUCUGUUCUCUGUGGAUGGAGUCACCAGCUGCAGGAGCCCUGGGGAUGUCCACGCAGCGCCGCCGCCACUCCGUGAAAAUCAGGAGGUGGGGGGGUCUGAGGCAGCAGUGGAAACUUCUGGGUCUGUUUGAGAUCGAUCCCAACCACGAGUUCUACAGCCUGACCCAGAUGAUGAAGGAAGGGCUGGCUGCAGCUAUCGAGAACACCACUGGCUGCCCCCCCAUGAACCAACUGUCCAAGGAAGACUUUGGGUCCGAGGUCACUCAGAUCCAUCAGUCCUUCACUAUGCAGACGUUUGCCGGCCCGGUGUUCUCCAGCCUGCGAGGAUCUUUGGGUUUGACAGAAGCUGAAUAUCUAGAAUCUCUGUGCUCAGAAAGCUGCUACCUUCAGUUCAUCAGUAACUCCAAGAGUAAAGCUGACUUCUUCCUGACAAACGACAAACGGUUCUUCCUGAAGACUCAGAACAGAAGAGAGAUUAAAUUCCUUCUGACCAACUUGGAGGUUUACAUGGACCACCUGAAGAAGUUCCCUCACUCGCUGCUCGUCAAGUUCUUAGGCCACAGUCUGUGA